AUGUCGCUGUCUGCGAUUGGCUCCCUGAUCAAAAUCAAGCUGAUCAUUUAUUGCUUUAAGAGGCUCCUGCUGUUUAACAAGUACAAACACAUUCAGCUAGAAAAAAAUGAGAAGAAAAAGAAGAAGAAAUUAGAACAAGGAGGAGCAGCAGCAGGGGAUUCACUUGGAGAUUUUGCUACCAUGGAUGAACCCGUGAAAAACAACCUCCAAACGAAAACGGUUUAUUUUAUUAGACAUAGUGAAUCCAUAUGGAACAGUGUGUUUAACAAAAAAAUUACCAUCAAGAACUUUUUAAACAUUUUUCUUAUGUUCUUUUACGAAAUAUUUUUUAUAUUUAGUAAAAAAUCUAGUUUAAUUGACUCUCCAUUAAGUAAAACGGGUAUACAGGAGUCCGUCGAAUUGUCCAAAUUUUUAAAGGACAGUAUAGAUGAUAAAGAAAAUACCGAUUUAUGUGGAGGCAAUGAACUUAUGCAGUUAGAGUACAUAGAUAAGGCCACCAAGGAAAUGGAAGCCUUCUAUACGAAGCUGUGUGAUGGAGAAUUUGACGCUGUUACUACGGAAGAAAAAGACUACGUCAGUAUUUGUGAUGAUUUUUAUUAUAGAACUACAGAGGAAGAUAAAGAUUAUGUAAAAAUUUGUGAUGGGGAUAACGAUCUGUCCGAGAUUGAAGAACACUUUAAAGAUAUUUGUGAUGGAUACUUUGAUGGGUUACUGUACAAAGAUGCUAAAUUCGUGAAACGUAAAAUUGCAGGAGAUGAUGAUUAUGUAUCAUCUGGGGAUGAGGAUGAUGAAGACUCAUCAGAUGACGAAGAUGAUCCAUUUAGAGAUUCCAAAUCAAGCUUGUCAAGUUCUUCUGGUAAAUUGUCAUCAGCUUUUGGUUCUCAAGGCAAUAUAGCUCCUUGGGCAUAUGCAAAAGGACCCAGAAUGCCAGGUAUGGUUGUCCCACCAGGUUCUAUGCCAAACUUAGUCCGAAUGCCCGGUUCUGUGCCAAACUUAGUCCGAAUGCCUGGUUCUAUGCCAAACCUAGUCCCAUUGCCUGGUUCUAUGCCAAACCUAGUCCCAUUACCAGGUACUGUACCAGGUCUAGCCCCACCAUGGGCAGUUCCAGCUCCUAAUCUAGUCCCAUUACCAGGUGCUUUCCCAAAUCUAGUUCCCAUACCGGGUUCUAUGCCGAAUCUAAUCCCUAUGCCAGGUUCAAUGCCCAAUUUAGCCCCGAUACCAGGUUCUAUGCCGAAUUUAACCCCCCAGAUGCCAGGUUCCAUGCCCAAUUUAGCCAAAACAAGCACCUCCAACGAGAAAAGUAAAAGCAAAAAAUCUGAUUCAUCUUCUAAAUCAACCAAAUUGAACAGCACCCUCGACAAUCUAACCCAAAUUCCUGGUGCCACCCCCAGCCAAUCCAAAUCGAACAGCACCACCCCCAAUCUGAAACAAAUACCAGGCUCUACCCCCAAUCUGAAUAAGAUGACAAGUAGCUUCCCGAACCAGACCCAAAUCCCGGGCUCUAUGCCAAAUCUAACUCCAGUAGCAGUACCAGGAUCUAUGCCUAACCUAGCCCCAAUACCAGGCGCUAUGCCAGGUGUACCUCUUAUGCCUGGCUCCCUCCCGAAUCUAGCCAUUAUGCCAGGCCAAGGCAUGACCUUGCCACAAGCGAUGACUCCUUUCCUGAAUCAACCACAGAUGGCAGGUUCUUUCGUGAAUCUAGCGCAGAAUAUACGACCCUACAUGCCAAUAGCCCCAAUGGCCCCAAUGGUAGGCUCAACCAUGAACCUGGCUCCAAUGCCAAGAGGUCCCUUCAUGCCAAUGGCCCCAAUGGUAGGCUCAACUGUGAACUUGGCCCGAAUGCCAAGAGGUCCCUUCGUGCCAGUCCCAGGGAUGAUGCCGGCUAAUAUGAAAGCUGCCCAGGCACAAGCAGGUAAAAAAGAUAAAAAGAAAAAAGACAAGAAAAAAAAAAAAAAGAAAAAAGGAGAUAAAAAGAAAAAGGAAGGUAAAAAAGAAAAAAAACAGAAAAGCAUAGCGGGCGAAUUGAAAAGUGUAGAUUUUAAAGAAGAAGACGUUUUUGGCGAUGAGGAAGAUGACAUAGAUGAAAAGGAUUUCUUUGAUGGCGACGAGGAUGAUGAUGAUUAUGAGAGUGAUUCUGAUGAGGAAUCCAAAGAGCCAGAAAUCCCAGUUAUGACGGAUGAACAAAGUGUUGAGCAGGGAUGGAAAAAGCCCACGACGUUAAGCGCCAAACCGGUACCUGCGAAAGUUGAGACUACCAGCACGACUGCCCCCGCUACGGCAGCCCCCAGUACGACCGCACCCGCAGCUGCUCCUCAAGCGAGCCCAUCGAAAGUGACUACCCCACCCAGCGUUUCCGCACCGAAAGUGCCUGCACCCAAAGUGACCCCGCCCACCGCAGCUGCAUCAAAAGUGACUCCACCCAGCGCAGCCGCACCAAAAGUGCCUACUCCUAAGGUAGAAGAACCAAAGGCGGGACCAUCCAAAGCAGUCCCACCCAAAGCAGUCCCACCCAAAGCGGGAGCAGCGAAAGCGGGAGCAGCGAAAGCAGGUGCAGCAAAAGUAGGUGCAGCAAAAGUAGGUGCAGCCAAGGCUGGACCAUCCAAAGCGACUACACCCAAGGCGACUCCAGCCAGGGCAUUGCCACCCAAGGCGACUCAGGCCAAGGCGACUCCACCCAAAGUAGAACCCAAAGUAGAGGAACCCAAAACAGAGGUACAAAAAACCGUCGAAACAAAAACCUCCGAAUCGAUAGUCACCGAACCCAAAGUUGAGGAACCUGGCGAUAACGAAAUUCCACAAGCUGAUGACGCUGCGUCUAAAGGUCCCGCACUAGGAAGACCUCGCAGAAGAGCGUCCAUCGGUUCUACCAACGAAAUAACUACUUCAGCAGUAGAAACGCCAAGCACCUCUAGCACCGUAGAUACCAAAGCAGGAAGUAACGACGGCGGUAUCCUAGACAUUCCAAAGAAAAGACCAGUGAGCUUAAGACGUAUGGCCAUGGAAAAUAGUCUCCGUCGUAACAUCAGUACCACCAGCCUAGGACCUGGUGAAGAUGAUUUUGGUAGUUUGCUAAGUUUAAGUAGUGUUGGUAGUGAACUUCAGGACACAAGUAGCAUAGAUGGUGAUGAAAAAGGAAGCUCAAGCAACUUAGAUGCCUUCGAAAGUGGAGAUAGUAUAGCAACCGAAGAUCUUGAGGAACAAUACCGAUCAGAAAAUAUGCUUAACAUGAGUGUAAAAGAACACAUUGAUGUUCUUAAUAACACGAAAUAUAAAAGUGUUGUGUUGUGUUCAGAUUUAAGAAGAGCCAUUACAAGUUGUUUCAUUGCUCUACAGGAUCGAUUCAAAACAUCUAGCGAAAACGUCUAUGUGCUGAAAUCACUACAGGAACUUAGUAGAAAUGCAGAUUCAAUUACCUUGUUCAAUUUCUACCAUAAGUAUGUUACCCCCACGACUAAGAACUACGUCAGUGAUGAUGUUGAUGCUUUGAUUAAACAGAAAGUGAAAAUGGCCGAGAAAAAACACAGAAGUAGAUUCCAGGAUACGCUCUCGUACAUUUUUGGUGAUUCAAACAAUAUCUUUAUCAUUUUUGGUCACAGUCUUUGGUUUUUAAGUUUCUUUAAAACUUUCUUAAAAGGACCACACAAGGCAAGAAAUCACAAAAUGAGAAACUCCAGUGUUGUCGUCUUUAACCUCAGCAAAUAUGAAGAUGAGGAAGGAGAGGAACAAUAUGAAAUUGAAGAGGGUAGUGUUAAGGUUGUUUUCAAGGGUUUCGAGAAAAACGUCUACAGUAAGGACUAA